UUUUAGUAAUUGUAGCUUGCACUCAAAACAUAACAAAUCCCUGCAUCUUCCUCACUACUCCCUGAAAAGAAAUCAAAUAAAACGGUAUCAGAGAGAAGGGAGAAGGAAACUGAGACGGAAGGAGGGGCUGUGACGGCGCGUAAGUUUCACGUGUUAGAUCGUCCCCAGAUUUUUCCAUUUUGGUGCAUUUUUCCAAUAACAUCGUUCUGUUUUCAGUCGUUGGUUGAUUAAUUAAUUAAUUAUUUGACCAAUUUUUGUUUUAUAUUGAUCAAAAUACACUGUUUUUUUCCUUUUCUGAAACCCUAAUGGCGAUGACUGCGGAUUCGCAAUCUCAUUCGUCUCAAUCCCCGCGAGGCGCUGGUUCUGGAGAUGGUGUCAACAGUCCUCACAGUAGGAAAAAUUUGCCAUCUCCGUGGGCUAAAGUUGUGCGGGGUGAGCCGGAAUCGAUUCCGGCUCUUCAUCCCUUGACGUCACCGUCGUCUCUUCUGACUUCUUCCAGGGAGCAGCAAUCUAAUUUUUCUGAUUGCUCCCCUCGUAAGCCGCUUUCUACACCGCUGCCGGCAGCAGAUAAUUUUGUCGGGCCAGAUACUUCGGACAGUAACAGCGCCAAUGUGGGUAGGCCAAAGAAGCCAGCUUGGAAGAAACCGUUAAAUGGCGCAGCUGAGCGUAGUUCUGUGAUGGGAGCCGAUUCAUGGCCUGCUCUAUCUGAAUCCACCAAACCUUCUCCUAAAUCAAUAGCCGCCGAUUCUUCUUCGAAGAUCGUUUCUGAUGGGCCUCAGGGACCUGUAAUACCUGAUUCGCCUCACAGUCAAGCUUCUAGUAAUGCAAAAUCUAAUUCUGUAUCAAACUAUGCGAUGCCAGCUCGACAGAAGUCCAUGAAGCGGGGGGGCAGUGGCGGUAGUAGCUCUGGAGGUGGUUAUUCUCACAGCAGCUUUUCUCGUUCUCCUCCGCCACCACCACCACUUCCUAUAUUUGCAAUGUCUCCCAAUGGUUAUGGGAAUCUUGUCCCAGCAAUACCGGAUCAAUCUCCAAGAGACGCUUCAUACAGGAGUAACUAUUGGGAACCUAGACCAGCUGGGGGGUUUGGACCUCAGCCACCUGUGGUAAAUGAUCACAGACAUUCUUCCCGGAGAGGUAACUUUGGACAACGUGGAGAUGGUCCCUACCAGAACAAUUUUGGGGGAAGGCGUGAUCAAGACCGUGGACAUUAUGGGAAUUUCAGGGAUGUUCAUGGGCACCCACAGAGAUCUCCAAGGGGCUUUGUUAGGCCUCCUCCACCCAAUACUGCCGCAUUUGUUCCACCUCAGCACGUAAGACCUUUUGGGAACCACAUGGGUUUUUCUGAUUUGGUAUAUAUUCCUACAAUGUCAUUGGAAACCUUUAGGGUGCCUUUCAUCACUAAUGGACCAGCACCUGCAAUGAUUGUGCCUGUUCAUGAGCCUCCUUUGUCUGUUAUGUUAGUCAUUCAGAUAGAAUAUUAUUUCAGUGAUGCUAAUUUAAUUAAAGAUGAAUAUUUGAAGUCAAACAUGGAUAAUCAAGGCUGGGUUCCAAUUACUUUAAUAGCAGGCUUUAAUCGAGUUAAGAACAUGACUAAAGACAUCCAGUUAAUAUUGGAAUCCUUGAUGACUUCAACUCUUCUAGAAGUACAGGGUGACAAAGUGAGAAGGCGUAAUGAUUGGAUGAAAUGGAUACCUAGUUCUAGCAGGAUUCCUACUGACUCAGGCCUGCAAUCCUCGAAUGCACCAAGCCAUGAUUUGCUGACGAAGUCGUUUCAAAAGAUGACAGUGGAGGAAAUGACCCCUAACCUACAUAGCAGGACGUUCAAGCCAUCUCGUAACCCAGAAGAUGCUGUAAUGAGUACAACAGGGUUGACAUUUAACCCAGAAGAUGCUGUGAUGAGUUCAACAGAGUUGGCAUUUCACUCACAAAUCUCUCAACGGGAAGUUGUUUUUAGGGGCAAGGGAGACGAAUGCUGAUUGGAAGGUCAGAUGCAGCUUUUUAUUUAAUUUUUAUUUUUAUUUUGUCCAUUGCUGUGCCUGGUUUUGACAGAAUUUGCUGAGGCGCAUGGAAGAAAAACAAAAUAAGAAAUGUGUAGGUAUUUAUUCAAGGAAAGCGAAAGAAAGAAGGGGAAAGAAAGAACUUAGGUUUUUAACUGGUCUGAAUUGUAAUGUCUUUGGUUUUUGUAUAGCCUUUUUUUUUUUUUUUUUUUUGGCGUGGAUGAUUAUAUUCUUCUUAUGGUGGCAUUGCAUGGAUGACAAUCUCAGCAUCUAUAUAUAUAUAUACAUUCGUUUUUUA